AUGCAACAACCAAACACCAGCGAAGAACAAGAGUUUGUGGACGUCUUUCCUCCACCACCAACAUUUUAUAAAUUAUACCACCCUUCCAAGAGUGAAUAUAUUGCUCCGGAGCCUCCAAAACCUUUGAAGAAGGGGCAGACAUAUCAAUCUUUUGGAGAGACUCUCACGGCUAUUCCUGAUUUUAAUCCGAUUCCUCCAGGGUACGAGGUUGUGAAAAAGCUUUACGAUACUGAUCGAUCUAUUGAGUCAAUAGAUCAUGUUGCAGAGUUAAAAAAAUUAAAUCGUUCUCUGCUGUAUAACUUUUUAGAGCUGUUGGAUCUUCUUGUAGAGCAUCCAACACUUCAAGUUAACGAAACUGAGGAAUUGUCAACUGUAACAAAUUUUGAUUCAUCUAAAGCUUCUACUAAAUAUUGUUGGGAAUUGAAGUUAUACCAAAUUGAAUUGAUUUUUAUCAACAUGUCAUUCAUACUGAAUUAUUACAGACCUCACCAAGCGAGAGAACAGAUGAUCACAAUCCUCCAAAACCAACUCAAGAGACGAAGGGAAGUCACAGAGAGUGUAGGUGAUUGCAUUCAAUAUUGCCACAAAGUCUUAAAAGAGGCUCAUACUACAUUAACGAGUGUCAAUUUGGAAGAAUUGGAAUUUUUGAGAACUGUAGGAGGUGAGCCAGCAUCAUCUGCAUUACUAGAGAGUGACUCUUCUAUUGCUGAUUUUUAUGUGGAAAAAUCUUCAACAAUGAAAAGAAAGCGUGAAGAAGAGGAACAAACGAGACCUAUCGAUUCAUCUCUUGUUAUGAACGGGCUCAACAAUUUGGACAACGUAAAGAAAACUAGAGACACUAAUUCAACUGAUAUUGUAAAUGUAGAGCUAGGAGAGGAUAUUAUGAAGGAGUUUUUUCAUUAA